CCUGAUCAUUGGAUUAUAUAAUUAUGUAUAAUCACCUCACCAAGCAUCAAGAUCAUAUUGUUUUUAAGAAAUAAUAAAAAUGGAUCAUCUUAUCCUUCCUCUUUCUCCAACAACAACUUCGAAUAGAUGGUGGUCAGAGGAAACAACGGCGGUUGUGACCGGAGCAAACAAAGGUAUAGGGUUUGCGGUGGUGAAGAGGUUAUUGGAGCUUGGACUAACCGUCAUCUUAACCGCCAGAAACGUUGAAAAUGGAAGCCUCGCCGCCGAUUCCCUCCGCGGCGCUGGCUUUCGGAACGUUCAUUUUUGUUGCCUCGACAUCUCCGAUCAUUCUUCCAUCGCCGCCUUCGUCUCCUGGUUCCGUCUCAACUUCGGUGUACUCGACAUUUUGGUGAAUAACGCCGCCGUUUCAUUCAACGCCGUCGGCGAGAAUUUCAUCAAACAUCCAGAGACCAUCAUUAAGACCAACUUUUACGGUGCCAAGCUUUUAACGGAGGCACUUUUGCCGCUAUUUCGCCGUUCGGUCUCCGUUAGCCGCAUCCUUAACAUUAGUUCAAGGCUUGGCGCUUUAAACAAAUUGGGAAGCCCUAGUAUAAGGCAAACCCUAGAAAAUGAAGACCUUACCAAUGAACAAAUCGAGGCGACGGUAGCUCAAUUUCUGGAGGACGUGAAGAGCGGGAAGUGGCAGAAGCAAGGUUGGCCGGAAAAUUGGUCGGACUACGCCGUCUCUAAGAUGGCCUUAAACGCUUACUCUAGGGUUUUGGCUCGACGUUACAACGGCAAAAAACUAAGUGUGAAUUGUUUAUGCCCUGGUUUCACUCGUACGUCUAUGACCGGUGGCCAGGGGACUCACACGGCGGAUGAUGCUGCUGCCACCGUCGCGAAGUUGGUGUUGCUUCCUCCGGAAAAGCUGCCCUCGGGCAAAUUUUAUAUAUGUUUAGACCCCGAGAAGAUUAUGUCCAGGUUGUGAUUUUUUUUUUUUUUUUUUAAAUUUUUUAUACACUCCUACAAGCAUAAUUAUUAGAUCACUAUUGUUGUUUAUACACUAUUUCGGUUACUGGAGCAAAAUAAAAAUUAAUAUAUUUUAUGUUUAUGUCAUAUAAAUUAUGACGUUCUAAUUUGAAAAGUGUGG